CACAUCCACACUGGGGAACGACCCUACACAUGUGGGGAAUGUGGGAAGAGCUUCAGGAGCAACUCCAACCUGAUCGGGCACCAGCUCAUCCACACUGGGGAACGGCCCUACACAUGUAGGGAAUGUGGGAAGAGCUUCAACCAGAGCUCCACCCUGAUCAAACACCAGCGCAUCCACACUGGGGAGAGGCCCUACACGUGUAGGGAAUGUGGGAAGAGCUUCAGGGAGAGCUCCAACCUCCGCAAGCACCAGCUCAUCCACACUGGGGAACGGCCCUACAAGUGCUUGCAGUGUGGGAAGAGGUUUAGGGACAGCUCAACUCUCCUCAAACAUGAGCGGAUACACACAGGGGAGAGGCCCUUCCGCUGCACCAACUGCGGGAAGGGCUUCAACCAGAACUCCCACCUUGUCACCCACCGGCGCAUCCACACCGGGGAGAGACCCUACAAGUGUGGGGAGUGUGGGAAGAGCUUUACGCAGAGCUCCCACUUGACCCAACACCAAUGGACCCACCAGUAAGGGAAGCCCCAGGAGUGCCCCGACUGCAGGAAGAGCUUCGGCCGCUGCUCCCACCCCAAAUGACCCCCCUGAU